CGGCUGAAGCUGGACUACAGUGAGUUACUCUCCGCAUUCAGGACAAGAAAGUGUUCUUUGGCACGGAAAAAAACCGCAUGAACCCUCUGGCAUGUGCGCGUUAAGGACUGUGGUCUGUCGGUGGUUUUGCAGCUUCUCUCAGCAUCGCCUGAGAAUGACCAUCCAGAACAGGUCUGUGGUACCAGGCAGAGACUGCUCUCAGGCAGGGAGCAGGAGGAACACCCUGAGGUGGGACCAGUCUCCAGAUGACAUCAGGACCAUGACAGACAGUCUGAUUAACAGAGUAAAGAAGGUCUAUGAUGACAUUGGAUCUGUCAACAUAGAGCAUGUCUCAGUUGAAAACACCCUGACAGCCAUAGCCAAUGCCAAACUGGAUUAUACAUCAUCACGCCAUGUCCUCGAGUUCCCCCAGUAUGUUUGUCCUUCCAGGGAGGUUCGGUCAGCGAGCACAGAGGCAGACAAAAAGCUGUCUGAGUUUGACGUGGAGAUAAGUAUGAGGGAAGAUGUGUUCAAGCGAGUUACUGCCUUGCAGAAAAAGCUCCAAGACAACCUUUCACCUGAAGAGAAGAGAUUCUUAGACAGACUCGUUACGUUAGGCAAGCGCAAAGGAUUGCACCUGUCUAAAGAUAUACAAGAGGAAAUAAAAAGAACUUCCAAGCUCAUCAGUGAACUCUCCAUAGAGUUUAACAAGAACCUGAAUGAAGACAAUACCUUUCUAGUUUUCUCUGCACAUGAGUUGGGCGGCCUAGCUGGUAGCUAUCUCAAUGGACUGGACAAGACAGCAGAUGGGCGGUAUAAAGUGACACUAGAAUAUCCCCAUUACUACCCUCUGAUGAAGAGGUGUCACAAUCCUGAGACCAGGAGACAGAUGGAAACAGCUUUUCACAGCAGGUGUAAAGAGGUAAACACAGCUAUCCUUGAACAGUUGGUACAACUGAGGGCCAAAACUGCAGACUUGCUUGGUUACAGCAGCCAUGCAAACUAUGUGCUGGAGAUUAACAUGGCCAAGAAUGCAAGCACUGUGUCCAAGUUCUUAGAUACAUUUCAUGAAACACUGAAGCCCAUUGGAAUCAAGGAGAGACAAUAUAUUCUUGCACUAAAGAAAAGGGAAUGUUUGAUGAACGGCUACCAGUUUGAUGGACAGAUCAAUGCCUGGGACCUGCCCUACUACAUGAAUCAAGUUGAGCAGUGCAAGUUUGCUGUGAACAAGGACAAACUAGUUGAGUAUUUCCCACUGAACGCGGUGACGGAAGGACUCUUUGGUAUUUACGAGGAGCUGCUGGGCCUCACAUUCACCGAGGUGGAACUUGCUCAUGUUUGGCAUGAAAAUGUCAAGCUUUAUUCUGCCCACGACACUGAAACAGGGGAGGAUAUUGGCCAGUUCUACCUGGACUUGCAUCCAAGAGAAGGGAAGUAUGGGCAUGCAGCCUGCUUUGGGCUCCAGCCUGGCUGCAGAGGACCUGAUGGAGCACGCAGGCUUCCAGUGGCAGCUUUGGUGGCCAACUUUACCAAGCCCAGAAUGGGCUGGCCCUCUCUGCUCCAGCACCAUGAAGUGGAGACUUACUUCCAUGAGUUUGGUCAUGUCAUGCACGAGCUCUGCUCUAAGACCGCUUUUUCAGACUUCAGUGGAACUCAGGUGGAGACAGACUUUGUGGAGGUGCCCUCGCAGAUGCUUGAGAACUGGGUUUGGGAGAAGGAGCCUCUGAGGAGAAUGUCUCGCCACUACAAGGAUGGCAGCCCAAUACCGGACGACCUGCUCGACAAACUGAUUGUCUCCAGAGUAGCCAACACUGGUCUGAUGAACCUGCGUCAGGUCGUCCUCAGUAAAGUGGACCAGUCACUACACACUAGCCCUCGUGUAGAUACAGCUGAGGUGUUUGCAAAGCACUGUCAGGACAUCCUUGGUGUUCCCGCUACACCAGGCACCAAUAUGACAGCCAGUUUCAGCCACUUGGCGGGAGGGUAUGAUGGUCAGUACUACAGCUAUCUGUGGAGUGAAAUCUACUCCAUGGACAUUUUCUUUAAUCGUUUUAAGAAGGAAGGCAUUAUGAACCCCAAGGUUAGUGUNNNNUACAGAAGGGUGAUUCUGGAAACUGGUGGCUCUGUGGAUGGAAUGGACAUGCUGGAAACCUUCCUCGGACGUGCACCUUCUCAAGAUGCCUUCUUUCAGUGCAAGGGACUGAUUAAGUUGAAGGAAACAAACGUAAUUUAAUAUAAAGUUAUAGUAUUUUUCUAAUUGUCUGGAUGCAGGUGAUAAAAUGGCUUUGCAUCAAAUGUAUUAUUGGUGUGUAACUUGUCAAAGUGGGAAAGAUCCAGGUGUUACUAAUAACAUGAACAAUGGCUCUGUUCUGUUGAAGUGUCCCAGUAAGCUGUGACAGUGUGGCUGUUAGGAUUGGAUUUCAGGAGUUACACUUGUUUUAUUUACUGUUAGUAUUAUUUAG